CAUCGAUAUCAUUAUGGAAAUUGUUAAAUGUACUAGCAUCUUCUACACGUUAAAUAGACUUUGCUUGUAGAGAUUGAUUUGAUUUUGGACCCAAGAAUAGGAUUUAUCAACUAUAAAUUCAAUCGUGACAACUGGGAAUUAUUAAAUUUUAUUUCAGUUUCGAUACAUUCAAGGGAAAUGCCAAUUUGAAUUAUUCUAAAUAGAGUAUUUGUAUUUAAUUUGGGAUUUAUUACGUGCAAUUUCCAGGAACCAUUGUAGUUUCUGUCCCGUAUAAAGCCUUGAAGGGUUUUGGGUUUUCCGAAGAUUUAUAUAAAGAGAUAAGGUUUUGAUUCUGAAUCAUGGGUAAUUGCUUUUCUGAUUUAGAGGGUGGCAAGCAGGCCGUAGGCGGUGGGAGCCACCAGAGGCCCCAGAAUGUCCGCAGUGAUGCCGGCCACAAUGAUGCAGUGGACCAUUUCUUCAGAACAAAAGGCCUCCACGCUCUUUUCACAAAAAUGGAGAGUGAUCCUAUGGUUGUGUCGUAUCAAAAGAAAAGGGAUGGAAGCCUUGAGGAACUUGGUCGCACAGAAGUGAUAAUGAACAACCUGGACCCUGUUUGGAUUCAAAAAAUUAAUGUUACUUAUCAAUUUGAGAUUGUUCAACCAUUGAUCUUUCGCAUUUAUGAUGUUGAUACAAAAUAUCAUAACUUACCUUUGAAGAUGCUGAAGUUAAAUGAUCAAGAGUUCCUUGGUGAAGCCAGUUGUUAUCUCUCUGAGAUCGUUACUAGGCAAAAUCAAAGUUUGACCUUGAAUCUUCAUCAUAGAGAUGGACGGAGUUCAAAAAACUUGGGGACACUUACAGUCCAUGCAGAGGAAACUGUUGCUUCCAGAGAUGCAGUGGAGAUGACAUUUCGCUGUUCACAUCUGGAGAACAAGGAUCUAUUUUCCAAAAGUGAUCCUUUCUUGAGAAUUUCUAGAACUGUCGAGUCUGGGGGUUCCAUUCCAAUUUGCAAGACAGAAGUCGUGAACAACAACUUGAGUCCAGUUUGGAAACCUGUAUGUCUAACGAUGCAGCAAUAUGGGAGCAAGGAAAACCCAUUGGUUAUCGAGUGCUUUGAUUUUAAUAGCGAUGGUAAUCAUGUAUUUAUCGGAAAACUCCAUAAAUCUGUGGCCGAACUGAUAACUCUUCACCAAAAUAAAACUGGUGCAAAUUUCAUUUCCCCACCUUCUGGAUUUCGGCGUCAUGAAAAGCUUCUCAAAGGUCAACUUUUUGUGGACGGCUUAAUUGAGAAACAACUGUACAGCUUCCUUGAUUACAUUUCCAGUGGUUUUGAGCUUAAUUUCAUGGUUGCUGUUGAUUUUACUGCUUCGAACGGAAAUCCUAGAAGUCCAGAUUCUUUACAUUACAUUAAUCCUUCAGGCCAGUUAAAUGCCUACCAGCAGGCUAUAAUGGAAGUUGGGGAGGUCAUUCAAUUCUAUGAUUCAGAUAAACGCUUUCCUGCUUGGGGCUUUGGUGGAAGAUCAUAUGAAGGCUCAGUAUCUCACUGUUUUAACUUGAAUGGAAGUCCCAUUGGUUUCGAGGUUGAAGGUGUAGAAGGUAUUAUGUCUGCUUAUGCAAGUGCUUUGCAAAAUGUUACUCUUGCUGGACCCACACUAUUUGGUCAAGUCAUAAACAAGGCUGCAGAUAUUGCUGGCCACUCCAUCUCUGACAGUCAUGCCAAGUAUUAUGUCCUGUUGAUUAUAACUGAUGGAGUCCUCACCGAUCUUCAAGAAACUAUAGAUUCCUUGGUCAGGGCAUCUGACUUGCCACUGUCAAUCCUCAUUGUUGGAGUUGGUGGUGCAGAUUUUACACAAAUGGAGAUCCUUGAUGCUGAUACGGGACGUCGAUUAGAGAGUUCUACUGGAAGGAUAGCUACACGAGACAUAGUUCAAUUCGUUCCAAUGCGUGAAGUGCAUGGUGGACAAAUCUCAGUGGUUCAAGCUUUACUGGAAGAGCUACCAGGGCAGUUUCUAACUUACGUGCGCAGUCGAGAUAUUGUACCUCUUAAUGUGGGCCAAAGUCAUUCUGAAGCACAUACCCAACAAAGGGUUUAAUCCGUCACUGGAGUUUCAUGUUCUCAUACAAAGCUGGUGAUUGGCAUACAGAGUCUGGUUUGCUUUUCUCGGUGCAGUGAUGUAUUGUGAAAAGCAGUGAUUAAAUUUAGUAUGAAAAUGCACAAUUUUGUAUGUUGGGUUAUCUUCUGCUCACCAUAUAUAAACUCCAUUCUCCUGUGAGAUUCGAAGCUUAAAAUGCUACUGGAUUACAUUAUAUAGUUGAGCAGAUCAUGGAUAUUAAGACAAAUUUUUAAAAUAACCUGUUGAGGACUGUUUCGUAAGAACGAAAGAUUGGUUCUACUUUUAA